AAUCAUUCGCUCAUUACCAACUAAACUACGGAAGUUAAAGAAAAAAGUAAAAAAAGUUUGUUGAACUUAAAGUUCCAAAAAAAUUAAAAAAACACAAAACCAACAAAAAAAUAAACAAAACACUAAUCCUUGGAUACAUCCUUUUAUUGACGCACAAGUUGACAUGUCUUGACAUUUUUUUUUUCAACCGCCAUGAAUCAUUUAAAAUUCUCGUACUCAUUACUUGAAAAGUUACCAUCGGUAACGUUCAUCAGGGGACAUGCUGGAAAUCUGGAACUUACAGUCAAAAGCACGGUGGACAACAUCGAAGUUUUUGUGCUGGGUGUUAUGAAAAAUGCUGGUUGUUCUGAUAACAAUGCCAAAGAAGUGGCCACCGUAAUAGCUUUGGCUGAAUCAUUCGGAGUCCACGGUCAUGGAUUAAAUAAACUAGGGCAAUAUUUUAAGGCCGUUAAAAGUGGCAAAUGUGACGGGAAGGCAACGCCGGAAGUUGUGAAGGAAAAUAAAACCUGCAUCCUUAUAAACGGUAAAAAUGCACCAGGUCCCACAAUUGGUACUUUUGCUAUGGCCCAAGCCCUAAAGAAAGCCCUAGAAGUUGGGAUUUGCGUGGCAGCAACUUAUGAUUGCACGGAUCUCUUGAUGCCCUCUAAGUAUGUACUGGAUGUUAUCAACAAUCAGUGCCUCGGAGCAGUUUUUUCUAACAACUCCCCCACGAUGGCUCCUUCUGGAUCCAGUCAGGUUGCAAUCGGAAGUAAUCCGUUUUCCUUCGGGGCCCCCGGAAAAAACGGCGAUUAUUAUUUAUUAAACGGCAACUGUACUAAGGCCGACAUGGGGAAGAUCGAAUUUUGGGACAAAAUAGGUAAACCAAUCCCACAAGGUUGGGCUAUAACCAAAGACAGGAAACCGGAAACAUCAGCCAAGAAAGUCAUGGAGAGCCCCCACCUGUUAGGGGUGGGCGAAACCGUAACGCAAGUAGCCUUCAAAUCUUACGGCAUGGGAGUGGCGUUCGAGAUCCUAGCCGGAUGUUUAACUGGUGCUGCUGUGGGGCCGGAACACAAGAAAUACGGAGACUCAAGUCGUAAGGACAAUUUCGGUGCCACCUUCAUUUGCAUCGAUCCCAACGUGUUUACCAUCGGAUACCUGGAGCGGAUGCAACUGUUCCUGGACACCUUGAGGAAAAAUUCACCGAUUGGUAAAACGGCCGUACUGAUUCCUGGCGACCUGGAAAGGAAACACCGGAAGCUUGCCCUGAAGGACGGAGUGCUGCUCCAUCAGAAAAUCGUUGAUCACUGCAAUGAAGUGGCCAAAGAAGCAUCGGCAACCCCUCUGAAUGUUACUAAAGUUUAAUUGAAUUUCUUUGCAUGUCAUUUGAUUUAACAUUAAUACAUUUUCGUUACUUAA